AUGGGCAACGGGGAUCGUGACAUCCUGCGCCCUGAUUUUCAUCAUUCAAAUGAGGUCUUGACUCGCUCGAGGUCCACAUGGUCGGCGGUAGCUUCAGCGGCUCAGUCUGCGACCAAUUUGUCUUAUUCCUGCUGUAAUAUCAAAGCCCUUCUCAAUAAAGCACCGUCCAUUCCCGAAUCCACCGGUGCUACAGACCGUAUCGGGAGCAAUUCCCUAUACAUAGAGGGGUAUGCGAGUUGGUCAGUCUCGCCAGAUGAUGGUCAUCCCACUUGCGAGUUACCAACCCGGAAAAUGACUGGAUUGCGAAAUGCUUACAUCGGGGGUUCUAAGCCAAGCACUUGCAAUCUCUCCAGCGAAUAUAUAUCAGAAUGGAGCGGGUGUGAUGCUCUGCUCGAACCUGUGCCUAACUAUCUUGGUGUAUUUGUCCUCGGUUGGUCAUACAUUCUUUCAGCACGAUUGAUAGAGCUACGUCGAUCCACAACGACAGACAACGUGGUCUACACUGACAGAAAGGCUCAGUGGGACUGUUAUGACCAAGAGUAUAACGACCAGCCAGCUACGGCUGAUAACUGUAUAGCUGAUAUUGGAACCGACGAUUUGGCUGAAGCUCAAUGGUGGGCUGCAAUUCUCGCAGAGGGACGAGGCUGGCAGGCCACUCUGACACGAGAUGGUAAACAGUACUACCCACCGUGGGAAUGUCAUUUGAACAGCAGUCCAUUCAGGCUACGCCAUCGCGCUCAGCUUCCGCCCUUGACUUCUAAUCUUAACACUGAGCCACCGUCCUCGGCACAAGCACAACAGUACCUUUUCAACCUGGCCCGAUAUCAUGACGCUUUUGAUCAAUUGAUUAGCGCUUUGGCUGCCACCAUGACAAUACCACUGCACAACCGGUUCGGGGCUAGUAUCACCUUGCCUUUGCCCAAGCCGGCAAACAGCCCCAUCUCGUACCGGAACACUGAGCUAACGUAUCGAAACCAAAUACCAGCAACUGCUGAGAUCCCUCAUUACAUGGCUUUAUCAUGUAUAUCCGGCGUGGUUCCAUCUUGUUUACUUAGUUGCUUCUGGGAACCAGAUGUCCCAUGCAACCUAGUCAGCCAAUGGUUGAACCUCCCAUGA